AUGAAGGAUUUGGUAGGAGCUCAGAAAGCUACUAAUGAGAAGAUGGCCUCUCAAUGGGAUGCUAUGACUACCAGAUUGGAUGGUUUGGCUAAUAAGCUUGAGCAGAGCACCAAGAGUACUCAAGCGACUUUCCAGGAUAUAGAAGCUAAGCUCGAAAGGCUAGGAAAUUCGAAUAGGCAGCCCGGUACUCUACCAAGUAAUACUCAACCGAAUCCUAAGCCUCAACAAAACAAUCAAGGAUCGGGAUCGAAGUACAACCCUCCCAAUGCUCGAAAUGAGCAUGUCUAUGCCGUCACAACUCGAUCAGGUAAUACGUAUAAUUCUGCAAAUCAUUUUCCUGAUGAAUCUACUCCGCUUGCGCAGGUACAUGAAGAAGAAGAGGAGGUUGCUGAAGAAGUAGAGAUAGAGCCGAACCCAGCCGUGCAGACACCGGUCGUUCCAUCAAAACAGGCUGAAAAACCUGAAGUAAAGCCGGACCAGCCCAAAGUCUCAUUUCCUCAGAGAUUGGUGAAACAUAAACUAAAGCAGCAAAUGGAUAAAUUUGUGAGUCACCUCAGUAAAUUGCAUAUUAACAUUCCAUUUUUAGAUGCAAUUGUGCAAAUGCCAGGUUAUGCAAAGUGUUUGAGGCAAAUCUUGAUGAAUAAGAAAAAUCUGGCGGGGGUGACGACUACAGUGCUUGAGGAUGUUUGUUCAGCAGCAGUGACAGGUAAGUUGCCCGAAAAAUGCGGGGAUCCAGGUAGUUUUACCAUACCUUGUAAGAUUGGUAAUUUAUCUGUGAAAAGAGCCUUAAACGAUUCAGGAGCAAGUAUUAAUCUAAUGCCUUCAUCGAUUUAUUCUAAACUGAAUUUAGGAGAACCGAAAUCGAUUAAAAUGAAAAUCCAUUUGGCCGAUAAAUCUGAAAUUAGACCAAUGGGAAUUCUAGAAGAUGUGUUAGUUAAGGUGGGCGGUUUGGUUUUUCCUGUCGAUUUUGUGAUUAUUGAAGCAGAUGAAGCAUUAGAUGUGCCUCUUAUCUUAGGGAGACCAUUCCUUGCCACGACUAAUGCUAAACUUGAGGUCGGUCGUGGAAAACUUACUUUGAGAGCAGGAAAUGAGUCGGUGACAUUUACAAACACCUAUUCUGUAUCUUUUCCUAAUGUUGCUAACUCAGUUGAAACUGCUUGUGUUAGUUCUUUGGAUUCGCAGGUUGAUGAAUGGUUAGAUAAGAAGCUUGAAAAGGAGGGUGAGUUGAAGAAGGCAGCAGUGCCAGUUUAG